AUGAAAUCAAAUGUCCGGUCCCGCGAGACGGCGACAACACAGGUUGAUGCCACGCUGGAAACCUGUGAAAUGGACCUAUACGAUAGCAAUGUUCCCAAGAAGCAUCGAGGAACAGACGCUGACCGACGUGAUAUGCAAAUACACGGCAGAAAACAGGAGUUACAUCGGAUUUUCGGCUUCGCGUCGAUGAUGGGCUUUGGAUCUACGCUCAUUUGCACCUGGGAACUUAUCCUUGCCGCCGCGGUCUCGAGUUCCCUCCUCAACGGGGGCACUGCUGGUCUGGUCUGGGGCUUUUUCAUUGCGGCAGUCGCAUUCCUCUUUAUUUACGCAAGCUUAGCCGAAAUGACUUCAAUGUCCCCAGUCUCUUGCGGCCAGUAUCACUGGGUCUCUGAAUUCUCCCCCAGACGCUACCAAAAAUAUCUAAGCUAUCUUACUGGGUGGCUAUGCACUCUUGGGUGGCAAACCGCCCUCUCAAGCGGCGCUUUCAUAGUAGGAACUAUUCUUCAAGGUCUAAUAACGCUACAUGUCUCUACCUACGAACCACAACCUUGGCACGGAACACUGAUGACCAUGGCGGUCGGAUGUGGUGUCGUCGUCUUCAAUACUUGCUUUGCUAAGAAGCUGCCUUUUGUGGAAGGCCUGUUGUUAAUGCUGCACGUUGUGGGCUUGUUCGCCAUCAUAAUACCUCUCUGGGUUCUAGCUCCGCGAAACAAUACAAAGGCAGUCUUCACAGAAUUCACCAACAAUGGUGGCUGGUCCACGAACGGAGUGUCUUUCAUGAUUGGACUUCUUCCACUGGUGCUUUCUGUUCUUGGAUUUGACAGCUCCGUACAUAUGGCUGAAGAGGUAGAAAACGCUGCAAUAACACUACCACGGGCUAUCAUGUGGUCUACAUUUCUUAACUCAGUGCUUGGUCUUGUCGUGGUUAUUACGAUUUGCUACACCUGGGGUGAUAUGGACGAAAUUCGCUCGACGAGGUUAGGAUUUCCUUUCCUUCAGGUCUUCUACAACACGACGCGGAGCCGGACUGGAACCACUAUUAUGGCUAUGAUUAUCGUCCUCACAAUACUUGCAAGUGUCCUUGCCUGCAACGCCACCGCCUCGCGCCAAUUAUGGUCCUUUGCCCGCGAUCAUGGUGUUCCUUUUUCACCAUUCUUUGCACAAGUGUCUCGGAGAUGGGGCAUCCCCGCCAAUGCUGUUCUUACCUCCCUCGUCAUCCUGUGUCUGUUAUCUCUCAUCAAUCUCGGGUCUCUCACAGCGCUAAACGCAAUGUUCGCACUUACCACCGGCAGCCUCCUCGCAUCAUAUAUUCUAAGCAUUGGCUGCGUGGUGUACAAGCGCCUCCGGGGAGACGCGCUCCCACCACGGGAAUGGACACUUGGUCGCUAUGGCUUGCCCAUCAAUAUUGUGUCCUUGCACAUGCGAGAUCCCAAGCAGCUACGGACGCUCUGGAUUGAUGCCGUGUGCAUCAACCAAGACGAUUUGAACGAGCGAGGUAAGCAGGUUCUGCGGAUGCGCGAUAUUUACGCUGUGGCGGUCGCUGUCGAAGUCUGGCUUGGCAAGACUGACGAUGAUGAUGAUGUGGCAGCGAUGGAUCUUGUUGGGAGACUGGGGCAAAUGGUCAAUGAUCCCGAGCAAGCGUUAGCGCAAGGGUUCGACGCCAAGUAUCAAGAGGUCUUUCUUGAAGAAUUAGAGCAAUGCACGCCAGAAGUCGUCCAGGAACUAUCACGGGCAAGACAGGAGAUGGCGAAGGUGAGCUGGUUUAUCGUCGACGCUAUUAUCUCCGACGCGUUCCCUGACGAGCGUCUGGACUCAUUCACGCAGGUCAUCCGCAUGGCGCAGUGUCGGAGAAUCAAUUUGACCCACCCACCCUUCGUUCUCCAAGAGCUACUCAACCAGCAUCGCGACUGCGAAGCGACGGAUCCAAGAGACAAGGUUUUCGGCCUUCUUGGUCUUUCAGGGGACGUUGACGAUACUGGUAUCGAACCCGAUCACACCUCCUCACCGCAAAACAUUUACGCCGAUCUCUUCCGGAAGCACGUUAUUGCCACGGGCUCACUAGAUAUGAUCUGUGCCAACCGAUAUCCCAAAAACUAUGACGACCUUGCCUCCUAG